AUGGACAACUACGGCCCUCCAUUCGAUGGACCAUCGCCCAUAUGCAGUGAUGAUGAGUGGGAAUCUCGGAGCCCCGAUGGGGUUUUUUCCGAUGAAGAAGAGGAGAAGCAAGGAAGGGUGAAGAACUUCUGCGAUUUCUGCAUACAGGAACGACGCUGGAUUGAAAGGGUCAAGGAGAUGCGAAUUGCAUGUGAGACAGAAGCUCUCCGCCUGGCGGACAUACAAGUGGGACAGAAGGAGAAAGGCAAAGUUUUUGAAGCAGAGCUCCGCACUCUGAAGCACGAGCAAGAAAGACUGUUUAAUGAAUUAAAGUUUUAUCAUGCACUGAUCGGCAAAGUAUCCCGCCUCGGGAUCGGGAUUUGCGGCUGUCGCCGCCCUAUACUACCGGGAGUAAAUGAAGAGCUGCGGGUGGCGCUCCUCCACAUGACUGGCUUCUUCGAGCAGCCAGUCCACACCCCGGAGGACCCCCGUGCGCCACCCCGAAAUGAAGAGGCGGGAGAGAAUGGACCAGAGGAAGAGGAAGAGGGGACCACUCCCCAAUAA